GGAACGCACCCCUAUUAAGGCGGUUUUGAGGAUAAAAGCUCGAGACCUCUGAUUGGUCAAAGUCGUUCAUCCAUGUAAGAUUCGGCCAAUCAGGACUCUGACACCCACCAACGUACUUGCAUGAUUGACCUGGGAAGAUUUUCACGAAUCUUCAGACACGCGUGUUUUUUCAUAGAAUACAUUCAAUUCUAACUUAUGAUCUUCAAUUUUACAAUGAAGGCAUAUUCGCGAUAAAAUUAAAAGUGUGCUAAAUAUAGGAUUUCUGUAUAGUGGGUAGAAUCAAACAUUUAUUCUCUGUGUCACGUGUAAACCUGAAUGUGAAUGAUAGCUGGAUAUUGUUAAUUUAUUAACGUCGGAAGUUUACCGUGUAGUUGAUAGUGGUUAGUUUCUUUAAAGACUAGAAGUGUACCAAAAUGAAGUUAGAGACAGAAUAUUUGACUCAGGAGCACCUUACGGGCUUCGCAAAUUAUAAAUAUAGCUCAUUGGAUACAAGUCCUCUCAGCAUCUAUGUAAUGCAUCCGUUUUGGAACAAGGUGGUGCAGUAUUGUCCAAAAUGGGUAGCACCAAAUUUAUUGACAUUCUCUGGAUUUCUCUUCACCGUUUUGAAUUUUGUAAUGUUCGCUAGUUAUGAUUAUUACUUUUAUGCAUCGAGUGAUGAUAAACCAGAAUAUCCUCCUAUACCAAGAUGGGUUUUUGCUGUAGCAGCUUUUAAUAUAUUCAUGGCUUAUACACUUGAUGGCAUUGAUGGGAAACAAGCAAGACGUACGCAAACAUCUGGCCCGUUGGGAGAGUUAUUUGAUCAUGGUCUAGAUAGCUGGACUGCUAUGCUGAUAACUGUUUGCAUGUACUCGGUAUUUGGAAGAACAGAUCACAGUGUUUCACCAUUGCGAAUGUAUUUCAUUCUUUGGAAUGUUUUCAUCAACUUUUACUUAAGUCAUUGGGAAAAGUACAACACUGGUGUAUUAUUUUUGCCUUGGGGAUACGAUGCGUCAAUGCUAGCUACAAUUAUAGUGUUUAUUUUAACAAGCAUUGGAGGACACGAGGCCUGGAAAUUUGAACUACCUGGUGGUAUCUCUGCAGGAAUUAUGUUUGAAAUGUUGUUAUAUGUUAGUGCACUUGUUUCUAAUCUGCCUGUCGUGCUUUGGAACAUAUAUAAAUCAUACAGAGAUAAGACGGGUAAAAUGCGGACACUACCUGAGGCUGUAAGGCCUUUAGUGCCUUUACUUUUAUUCUUCACUAUCGCUACAGUUUGGGUAACUCAUUCGCCAAGUAACAUCUUGGAAAAGGAUCCCAGAAUCAUUUAUUUUGCCAUUGGCACAAUAUUUUCUAACAUAUGUUGCCGGCUAAUAGUAUCACAAAUGAGCAACACUAGAUGUGAGAUUUUGCCUUGGAUAUUACUUCCCGUUGCUGGGGCAGCCAUCUUUUCAUUUCUUCUACCUGAUUUAGAUCUGAAAACUAUGUAUUUUGUAUCUGUUCUUGCCUUGGGAGCGCACGUACAUUACGGUACAUGUGUCGUACGCCAGAUGUGCCAUCAUUUUCGUAUUCAUACAUUCCGGAUAAGAGAACAUUCUGAAUGACUCCUUGGAGACGAUGCAUGUUAAAAACAUUGAAAUAGAAAGAGAGAGAGAGAGAGUGAUGGAGCAAGAAAAUAGAAUAGAGCGAGUGAUAGAAAACAAAGAUCCCAUCAAAAUUUAUUAUAUCAGAUAAUAACAGGAAACCUAAGUCGCUCAAUCUUUGAAUUUUUUUUUACGAAUUCUGCAAACUCCAAUCGGAGUAAAAAUCAUUUUUUUCUGAUGUUAUUUUAUAUUUUACAAAAUGGCAUUUCCUUUUACACCAUAAAUGAUUCUACUAAUAAUAUCAGCACGACUUUAUCAGUAGUGAUAUAUUUAUUUCAACAUCGCGACGAAACUAUUUUUUCUACACUAUAAUUGAGAACUACUGUAAAUCUUAAAUAUAUCGUGUAAGCAAUCUCGAUAAUGUACAUCUAUUAACUUAGGUUUUCUUUCUGUUCCUAGUUGGGAAUUCUGUUUAAACAAAUAGAUUUAUCUGACUACCACUCGUUUUGUUCUGCCUUGGGUAUAGAUAGAAAAAAUGCACCUCUCUGUUUUUACCAUGUAUUGUCCCUCGGGUGUUAUAUUAAUUUAUUACUUUACUGUUUUCGUAGUGAUUCAGGCUCGCGUUCAUAUAUUUCUUUUAAGCAUUGUAUAAUUGAUUGCAUCUUAGUAAAUAGUUAUUAUUUGUGAGAUAAUGACUAUCAGCGCACCGUUAAAGAAAAGAAAGAAAUCUAAUGCGGGCUUUAUUCUUUGACGAUCUUUGAUCACUGCAAGUUUGGCUCCUUUUUUAAAUUUAACCAUAAAGAAACCAUUUUGGCCAACUGCAGUGUAACGAAACGAAUGAAAAUACUUAUAAAAUUAGUAAAGCCAAAUUAUUAUGUCCCAAGAACGACCAAUUUCUUGUUAUAUGAUCUGUUCCUGUGACGUUUUGGUACAUGACUAGUUAUUCUCUUUGGACACCUACUUACACGUGCAUUAAAAUAUACUGACUCGAAAAAGGAGGAAAUAUUAAUACUGAAGUUCACUCUUAUAUUUAGGUCAGAUAAGGUCUUAGGCCCAAUCAUCGACACUGUACCAGUCAUCCUUACGGACGUACGAUGUGGGUAAGAGAAAAAAAAUAUGAUCUUUUAUGGAGGAUCCAUGACUAUUGGUACAAUGUCGCUGACUAGACGCACUACCUUACGUCUGUCUUUAUAAUAUAACAUGUCAUGCUUUGCCAUUGUGCACUUUCCAAUUACCCACUAUAAUUCAUGGUGAAUUAACCAAACGCUACCGUUAACCUUAGUUUUGUAUUGGAAGGUUGAUGUUAGAUAUUGUGUACUGCAUUAAUGUAAAAAGCAUAGUGAAUGUGAUCACACUGUAAUUCAGAAAAAUGUACAAAUUGAUUGCAAAAUCUACACGUUAAGCAUUUUGUCAGUGAACUGAUAUAAAAUGCAUGUAUAUAAAAAAUUAAGUCAUUUUCAAUAAUAUAUAUAUAUAUAUAUACAUAAAAGACAUACAUAUGUGGAUAAUAAUUAUAUAGUUUCCUGUCACAAAAAUCGUAUAUAGUAGCAUUUCAACAAAGAUAUUUCUUUAAUUGCAUGCUACAGAUCUAAGACUAGAAAGGAAAAUAUCCGAAAAUUUAUAUUUUUACUUGAACACUUGUGAAAGUUUUCAGGAUGGUUUUGUGUUUCAGUUUUAAAUGAAUUAAUUUUGCAGAAUGUCUCGUCAACUCCAUUGAGAGAAAGAAUCUCUGUCUAAGUCAUACUAUUUACAAUUUUCAUUUGGAUUUUACUCACAUCGCAAUACAAGAUCCUCUUAACUCUAUAAAAGAUAACAUAAUUAAUUAUUUAUUAUUAUUAUUAUAACUGAUAAUAAAAUAGACAUAGAUGUUUGCCAAAGGUAAUUUAAUAAUUGUUAUUAUUUAGUGGAUUUAUCUUUCUUUUCGUAGAUGACAUGAUAAGUGUUUUGAAAUUGGGUUGCAUUAGAACAAGAGUAUUUGUUUUUCUCAGAAGUACAUAGAUAAAGACACAUUGCUUCUUGCAAAACUGACAGUCAAUUUCAAAACAUAGCAAUAUUGGAAGGAUUUAAAUGUUAAUGAAUUUGAUGCAAACUAAAUAUGUCUAUGCAAUCGUUUGGAGCAAAAACUUUGCACGCUAUGUUGAUACUUAUAGUGCAAUUUGUGUAAAAUAAAAUAUAUAUUGUUUAA